CUGAAGGCCAGCGCCAGCCGCAGGAAGAGCUUUGACCAUGGUCGUAGGGACGAUGCCGCCGCCAUCGGCACCUGAAGAUAAGGAAGAGCUGCGAGUCGAGGCUCGACGUCAGCGCGAAAUCGAGCGUUACAAGAAACUGGGGCCUGGUCGUCUUCGUAGCAUUGGGGCGAAUAUCGUCGGUGUGAAGAACCAAAUCGAGGAACGAGAACGUCAGAAUGAAGCAGAUCGCGACGCCAAACGCGUCAGUGAAGAGGAAGACGCAGCCAUCCGACGCUAUUUGCUCCAGGUCGAGUCGGAAGACGCACUGUCCAAGCGUCGAGAGGUCCUGACACUGCGCAACGACUGGGAUCUACAAACUGCCAAAAUACAGCAGGCCCGUGCAGAGUUCGCCGCGACCCGAGCCGUGAGCAUUGACCCCGACACUUGUGCUCAAGGAGCUGCGCAGAAGUUCGACGGCGAAGACCUCGCUCGACUUGAGCGUAUCCGCUUACAGGCGAUGCAGAUGAAGCAGUGGUCGAUUCAGAAAAUGGCCGAAGACGCUCAACGCAAUGCGCACGAGAACGCAGAUAUGGCCGCGUACAUGGCACAGCUCUUCGAGAUCGAGCGACUGAUGGAGGAACUGCACCGAGGCAACGAGCGUGACCGAGCAGCGGCGGCGGCAGAGAUCAGUCGAUUCAACCAGCGUCUGUUAGCUCUGCAGCGUCAGGACGAGAGUGAUCGUCGUCGACUAGAGCAGGAAGAGAACGCUCGCGAGAUUCAGCUCACACUGGAGAGCCAUCUCGUGAGUGAGAACCCACUGCAAGCCACGCUUCCUGGAGUGUCUUUGGAUCACCGAGUCCGAGUAGACCACUGGAAAGGGUUCUCUGGAGAGCAGACUAAGUAUUUCCUUCGACAAAACGACGACAUUAUGGCGGAAAACGCCCGUCGCAGACAGCAAGAACGAGAGCAGGCCGAGGGGGAGUCCAGAGCCCAACGUGAGAUACAACGCACACUCGCGCACGAAGAGUUUCUGACUCAACAACGACGCGCGCAGAUGGAAAUGGACGUCCGAGCCACUCAGCAGCGACAGGCUAAACUGGCAACGGAACGCGAGAAAUCGAACGAUGACCGGGCACGCGGCAAGAUCGACCCUAGCUUCUUCCAGAGAUUCGGUCGAACGUAUCGUUGA